GUGUUCCUGUCACCCGGGUGUGUCUGUAGUUUUGUGUGUCUGAGUGUGGGACCCACUGGCUGAGACCGAGGCGUCUGUGUGGUUCUGUGUACCCGGGAAAGACCCUGCUCCCUGGAGCUCUGCCAGAGGAAAGUGGCUGCCCUAUUGGAACCACAGCUGGAGCAGUGGCCCAGGCAAGAGCCCUUCCAGUGGCCCCACCUCCAGGGCACAAGCCUGCCCAUGCUGAGACUUGGAACCCGCUGUGCUGGCAGGCCUUGAGGUCUUGGGUGAGGGAUGUCUCCUGCCCCACCCCUGUUUGACCUCUUGCUCCAGUGGGAAGGGAUCCCAGAAACAUCAUGUCCCUAUUUGGAGCCCCUGGGUGCUGAGGGCCUCUUCCCAGCCUGGUCCCCGUUGGCCUGGCCUGGCCCUGCUUGUCGCUGGGACUUGAAUAACCAAACCACAUGUCACCAUGGCUCCUGCAAGGACCAAAUGAAGUCAUGAGUAUAAAGUGCUCCUGCAUGGCCAGCAGCUGGAUGCCCGGGCCCGCUGGGCAGGCCGGCGGCCGCCUGCGGGAUGAGCAGGCUGCUGGGGGGGACGCUGGAGCGCGUCUGCAAGGCCGUGCUCCUCCUCUGCCUGCUGCACUUCCUCGUGGCCGUCAUCCUCUACUUUGACGUCUACGCCCAGCACCUGGCCUUCUUCAGCCGCUUCAGUGCCCGCGGCCCUGCCCGUGCCCUCCACCCGGCUGCCAGCAGCAGCACCAACUGCUCUCGGCCCAACGCCACUGCCCCCAGCUCCGGGCUCCCCGAGGUCCCCAGUGCCCAGCCUGGGCCCACAGCUCCUGUCUUGCCACCCUGUCCUGACUCGCCACCUGGUCUUGUGGGCCGGCUGCUGAUCGAGUUCACCUCGCCCAUGCCCCUGGAGCGGGUGCAGAGGGAGAACCCGGGUGUGCUCCUGGGUGGCCGCUACACACCGCCCGACUGCACGCCUGCGCAGACGGUGGCUGUCAUCAUCCCCUUUAGACACCGGGAGCACCACCUGCGCUACUGGCUCCACUAUCUACACCCCAUCCUCAGGCGGCAGCGGCUGCGCUACGGCAUCUAUGUCAUCAACCAGCAUGGUGAGGACACCUUCAACCGAGCCAAGCUGCUCAACGUGGGCUUCCUGGAGGCGCUGAAGGAGGACGCUGCCUAUGACUGCUUCAUCUUCAGUGACGUGGACCUGGUGCCCAUGGACGACCGCAACCUGUACCGCUGUGGCGACCAGCCCCGCCACUUCGCCAUUGCCAUGGACAAGUUUGGCUUCCGGCUGCCCUAUGCUGGCUACUUUGGAGGCGUGUCGGGCCUGAGCAAAGCCCAGUUUCUGAGAAUCAAUGGCUUCCCCAAUGAGUACUGGGGCUGGGGUGGUGAGGAUGACGACAUCUUCAAUCGGAUCUCCCUGACUGGAAUGAAGAUCUCACGCCCAGACAUCCGCAUAGGCCGCUACCGCAUGAUCAAGCACGACCGGGACAAGCAUAACGAGCCCAACCCUCAGAGGUUUACCAAGAUUCAGAACACGAAGCUGACCAUGAAGCGGGACGGCAUCGGGUCCGUGCGGUACCAGGUCCUGGAGGUGUCUCGGCAGCCGCUCUUCACCAACAUCACCGUGGACAUUGGACGGCCCCCCUCAUGGCCCCCCCGGGGCUGACACUGAUGGACAGCGGCUCUUGGCGUCAAGGAUUGCCCGCCAGAGGACUGACCUCAGCCUGGCCAGCAGCCGCUCGUGGGGGACCCCCCAGGACUGAGGAUCUUCAGCGGCACCUGGAAGCUUCAGAACCCACUUUGGGGUGCAUCCGGCCUGGGCAGGCCCCUUCUUCCUGCCCCACUCCCCCCAACCCAGCCCCCCUCACUGUCAGGGUCGGGCCAGCCCCUGCACUGCCUCGCGGAGUGGCCUGGGCUAGGUCACUUCACCUCUCUGUGCCUCAGUUUCCCCCCCUUGAGUCCCCUAGGGCCUGGAAGGGUGGGAGGAAUGACUAGAGGGCAGUGUCUCUUCCAGGGGGAAUUCUCAGACCUGGGGAUCCCCCGUGCUCCCAGGGGCGGGGAAACCUUUUUCACUCAACAUUGCAGGGGGCAAGCUUUGGUGUGCCCCCUGCUGAGGAGCAGCCCAGGAGGGGACCGGAGGGGGUUCUGUGUCGCUGCCUGGGAUCCCUGGGUUGGCCUUUGCACGGGGCGCAGGCAGGGCUUGGAUCAGCCAACCUGGUUCCUGUCUCCCGGUCUCAGAGAAGAGGCGGUGGCCCCAGGGCCGGCUCGUGUUUGUAUAUUGCACAGAAACUUGUGUGGGUGCUUUAGUAAAAAACGUGAAUGGA